GCAGUUUCUUGGGUGUGAUUAUUGAUAAGAGGCGUGCAGGCGACUUUGAGGUGGUUUAUUAUGUAGAGCACAGAUUUACGAUCAUAAGAUAUGGCUGAGAGAGGUGACCAUCCCUCUAUACAGGAUGGUUCCGAUGCCUAUAUUGCAUUAACAUGUACACCGUGUAGUGACGAGGGAACCAGUGAAGAGGCCGUCAAGUAUUGUCCGGAAUGUGACGAAUACCUUUGUACAACAUGCACGAAAUACCACCGUAAAGUAAAAGCGUCACGUGACCACAAGCUGGUUGAUAGAGAAGAAGGAAAACACAAGUCAAAGGUCGCUACGCUGACAACGAAAAUAAAAUGUCGACAGCACUCGGAUAGAGACAUAGAAAUGUAUUGUGGUGCACACGAUAUGGUCUACUGUUUAAUGUGUAUCGCCACAGAACACAGGACAUGUAGAGAUGUGACUAAUCUAACGGAUACUGCAGUCACGGACUUUCAACAAAAUGAAAUUGAUCGUCUGCAUGAAGAAUCCGAGUCUAUUAAAGAGCUCUUGGUGGACAUGGAGAAAAUGAAACAAGAGAGUGUCGUUUUACUUAAAGAGAAAAGAAAAGAAAUUCAAAGAAGAGUUCAAGAAAUAGAAGAUAGAAUGAUAGAGCACAUCAAAACCCUUUCCAAACAAGCAAAUGUUUCCCUCGACGAAACAUAUGCUAAGGUCAAAGACGAACUAGAAUCAGAUAUUGCCGUAGUGAAUCGUAGAAGAUCUGAAGUGGAGAAGGUAAAUGAACAGCUCCGGUCAAAGACGGAAGUUAAUCAGGAACAACGGUUUGUUAAAGUCAAACUUUGUCAGCAGAUAAUAAAUGACGCCAAAAACGUACAUGCAAAAUUAGAAUCGGACAGUCAAGUAUCAGUUGAGUUCGAGGAAAGUUCAAAUGUGACGGAACAGUUCUUGGCAGUCAAAAGUCUCGGCAAAAUAAAACAAGCUCGUGCAAAUAGAAAGAAGGAAAUACAACAACAGAAAGAGAUAAAUGUUAAUAUGCAGAACGAUAGCAACCCGUGUUUGAUAAUUGAUAUUUGCCAGCUUGAUAGCGGACUUUUCCUUUUGGCCGACAAUUAUAACUGUAAGGUAAAACUAAUGUAUAUCGACCGCAAUGUUACCGAUCACUUCAGCGUUAAAGGUCAACCAACUGGCAUUUGUAAAAUAAGUAAUAAUGAAGUAGCGGUGAAGUUGAAUACUAACAACAUAAAAUUGUUGUCGGUUGAUACUCGUAUUUCUAAACUGAGAAAUAUUUCAAUUAGGCGAGGAGGUAAUCACAGGGGUAUGACUUAUGCAGCUGGAAAGUUUUGGGUGGGGACGUCAUCAAGUGUUGACGUGUACAACAUAAAUGGGACAUUUGAAAAACAUGUUACAUUAGAUACAGUUGGUCUGACAUACAUACCGAGACAAAUGGCUGUUUUUCAGAACUCGGUAUUUGCGGCUGAUCAAAGUAACGGCAUAGUGUGUUUUAAGAGCGAUGGUACGAAAAACGCUGAAUUUCGAGAUAGUAGACUGGAGAGUACAAUUGGUGUAUGUGUAUCAUGUGAUGGUACAGUAUACACUAUUGACAAAUUGUCUAAAAAGAUUGUCAUAUUUAGUCAGAAUGGAAAAUGUCUGGGAGAACUGGUUCCCGAUGUCUCCAGUGGGAGUGAACCAGAAUCGCUGUGCUACGAUGAUAAAAACAAUUGUAUAUUAAUUGGUUAUUACAGUCGCAAUACAGUUACUGUGCUUUAUUUACGUGAUUGAGAACUUGAAUGUUAGCUGGUGUUGUGUAAAGAAAUGCAUGUACAAUUAGACGAACACAUUUUAUUUUUCCUUGCGUGUCCUUACGACCGAAAUACAGUUAUAAUAUCAAACUUUCUAUAGUGAAACCAAGCUGAAUUUGAACUUCUGUUGUACUGCUUAAGCGGCCAAUACCGUAUACAUGUACAACAGAUCGCGUUAUCCAUGAAUUAUAGUUGUGUGGUUAUAUGACAUAGGUGAAAUCACGACAUAUUUUACUUAAAUUGUGAUUUUUUGUAUAAACUGAUGUAAUAAAAUUGCCACUUUUUUAGUUUCA